UCGUUUCGUCUUCGCUUUAAUCUUAAACGUCAUGAUUUGUUAUCAUCUGUUAAGGCUGUUAAAAUAUGGAUUACUAACUUCGAAAAAUAUGUUCCCGAAAGAAACCUGUCCGAAAAAAACCAUUCGUUUACUUGAAAAUGUACCACCUUAGGAACUAGGAAAUGAUACAUCGUAUAGUAGAAAAUUUACGAAGUAGGCUCCAGAAAAGUUGGCCAUCGUCUUGAGCACAUAAUUUAAAAAAAAUAAAUGGGUUGUUUUGGACAAUUUGGUAUAAUUGACAAGGACAAAUUCAUAGACUACAAAACCCUACAAAAUCAAGUGCUAAGACAAAAAAAGAAUUGGCAAGCAAUGGAAUUAGUGCCUUUUGAUUUUCCUCACAAUAACCAAAAUGAGGAAGAUGAGAAAAAUGUACACAUCAAAUUCCAAAAAACUGAUGAUGCUAAAAAGCCAACUUAUAAUAAUUGGAAAGAUUUAAAAUCAAGUCGUUCUACAGAAUAUGAACAACUGUUAAUUUUGUCUGGAGUUCAACAUGAAUUAUCAUACUUUUUACUUUUAGAAGAAGCUUUUUUUUUAUGUUACACUUUAGAAUGUUUGGAAAUACGAAAUGAAAAUGGCUCAUUAAUGAGUAUAGUUGAAUGUUGGAAAGAAUUUAAUGGUUUGAAAAAAAAUUUUCCAUAUUACUAUGCAGCUUAUCAUUAUUAUAGAUCAAAAGGAUGGAUUGUUAAACCUGGACAACAGUACGGUGGAGAUUUUGUAUUGUACAAAUCAUCACCUAUUUACUAUCAUUCUUCAUAUGUGGUUGUGAUUAGUGCUAAUGGUCAAAAUAGUGAAUUGUUACCAUCGUGGCCUUCAUGGUAUGGAUGUGGUCGAGCAAUAGAAGCUGCUUGUAAAGAUUUGCUUAUAUGCACAGUUCUUGGUCCUGCGUAUGAAAAAGAAAUACUAAUCGAUUUGUCACAGUACACUGUUAAUGACAUUAUAGCAAGACGUUGGGUGCCAUCUCAAAACAGAAAAAAACCUUAACGUUGUUAAUAUGAGUAAAAUGUACACAAAAAAAUAAUAUAUUGUAUGACUAAAAACAAAAAUAUACAGAAUUAAUGACUA